AGUUUCAAUCCAAUAUGGCGUUUUUACGUUGUGGAAGACAAGCUAUUCAAAAGGUUGGGGUUCGUUUCUGUUACACAGAAACAAGAAAAAAUUUGUCCAUCAACAAGGACACAAAAAUUAUUUGCCAAGGCUUUACCGGAAAGCAAGGAACUUUUCACAGUGAGCAUUCCAUUGAAUAUGGUAGCCAUAUGGUUGGAGGAGUAUCUCCUGGUAAAGGUGGACAGGAACAUUUGGGAUUACCUGUUUUUAAUUCAGUUGCUGAGGCAAAACAAGAAACAGAUUGUGACGCGACAGUGAUAUUUGUUCCACCCAAGUUUGCAAAAGAUGCCAUUAUGGAAGCAAUGGAUGCUGAGAUAGGUUUAAUUGUAGCAAUUACUGAAGGAAUUCCACAGCAUGAUAUGGUUAAGGUAAAGCAUCGACUUGUUAGACAGAACAAAAGUCGUCUUAUUGGGCCAAAUUGUCCUGGAAUCAUUAAGCCAGGCGAAUGUAAAAUCGGAAUCAUGCCUGGUCAUAUUCAUCAGAAAGGUUCAAUAGGUAUAGUUUCAAGAUCGGGAACAUUAACAUAUGAAGCCGUUCAUCAAACGACGUGCGCCGGACUUGGACAGUCGCUGUGUAUAGGUAUUGGUGGUGAUCCUUUCAAUGGUACAAACUUCAUGGAUUGUUUGGAUAUAUUUCUUAAAGAUCCUGAAACUGAAGGUAUUAUUUUGAUUGGUGAAAUUGGUGGUGGCGCUGAGGAAAAAGCUGCAGAAUUUCUGCUGGAGCAUAAUCAAGGAGAAAAUGCAAAGCCAGUUGUUUCGUUUAUUGCUGGCCUAACUGCUCCUCCUGGUAGACGUAUGGGUCAUGCUGGUGCUAUUAUUUCUGGUGGUAAGGGUGGAGCCGAGAAUAAGAUUGCAAGCUUGAAAAACGCUGGUGUGAUUGUUACGAACUCACCUGCCCAAAUGGGGAACACGAUGAAACAGGCGUUAGAUGGAAAUCUGAAUAAGUAGCGUUGGAGUUGAGGGACUUGGCUACAUGCAGAUCUCCAAUGCUGAAAAAAAACUUCUGGGCAUGUUUUUUAUCUCCACCUGUUAUGAUUUGAAAAUUUGAUGACUAGUCGAAGCUUGGCAACAAGCAGUUUAAUUUUGAAAAAACGGAACAAUUUUUCCACAUAUUGCAGACGAGCUAAGAAGCGUGGUGUUGAAUAUAGACGCGUAUUUCAAAUGGUAAUAUCAUUCGGAUUCAUUUCUUAUGAAAAAUGCAAGCUAAAGAUACAUGAAUAUUUUUGAA